AUGUCUAACAACGAAAGAACUUUUAUUGCUAUUAAGCCAGAUGGUGUCCAAAGAGGAUUAAUCAACUCUAUCUUAGGUAGAUUUGAAAACAGAGGAUACAAAUUAGUUGGUAUCAAAUUAGUUCAACCAACCGAAUCCUUAUUAAGAGAACAUUACGAUGACUUGCAAUCCAAGCCAUUCUUCCCAUCUUUAUUAUCUUACAUGUUAUCCGGCCCAGUCUUAGCUACUGUCUGGGAAGGUAAGGAUGUUGUCAAGCAAGGUAGAGCUAUCUUAGGUGCUACCAACCCAUUGCAAUCUGCUCCAGGUACCAUCAGAGGUGACUACGCCGUUGACAUGGGUAGAAACGUUUGUCACGGUUCUGACUCCGUUGAAUCUGCUGAAAAGGAAAUUGGUUUAUGGUUCAAGAAGGAAGAAUUAGUUGACUACAAGCCAGCUUUAUUCGGAUGGAUCUACGAAUAA